AAGGACGGGCUCCAUAAUGAGCGCCAUUAUCUCCCUUCGUUUUCAUAAUUUUCUGUUUUCAUUUGUCCGCACACACACAGACACGCGGUCGUGUUCGUGUUUUGUCAGGAAUGUUCAUGUGUGUUGUACUGAUAAGGCGGGUGUGUGUUCCAUAUGUGACAUGUGAGUGGACCGAUAUGGAGUAAACCAGAGCCGGGAAUGGAAACACGGUGAGGACAGGAGAUUAUCAUGGCGGACCCAGAGGUGUCAACACAGAGUGGGGGCUAUGACGUGGAGCUUUUUGUGGACACUCCAGACUACGAUUUGAUCUGCACCAUAUGCCAGGGGGUCCUCAGGUGUCCAGUAAGGGCCGCAUGCCACCACAUCUUCUGUAAGAAAUGCAUCUUACAGUGGCUGAAGAGGCAGGAGACUUGCCCCUGCUGCCGGAAGCCUGUUAACCCGAGCUUGAUCUUUGUCAUGUUCAAGCUGAGCAAAUCUAUUGGACGCAUGAAGAUCAAGUGUAAGAAUGAGAUCCGUGGUUGUGCAGAGACCUUCCCCCUCUCAGAGCAGUACUGCCACAGCAUGAGCUGUCUGUAUGAGCUCAUCCCCUGUCCGUACCAAGGCUGCCGGGCGCAGCUCCUCCGCAGGGACCUGGAAGUCCACGCACGCCACUGCGAACACUGGCGUCAGCCCUGCCACAUGGGCUGCGGGACAAUACUCUCCCACCGCACCCAGCCUCAACACAACUGCUAUAAGCAGCUGAGGCAGGAGUAUGAAGCCAGACAGAGGAACCACAGGGCCAUCGCCACCGCCCUGCAGAGGAAGAUGAGGAGGAUGCAGAGCACCAUGGCCCACAUGAAGAGGCAGAUAGGGCUGAUCUGCGAGAGCCUGGAGGUGAUGGACGAUCUGCACGAGGUAGAAGAGGAGGACCUAGGGGAGAGCAGUGGCAGCUCCGCUGGGACUCCAAGUAGCAACAACAGCAACUGCUGAGGGAUGAGUCAGUUACUGCUGCUACUGCUGUGUAUAAUUUCUGCAUGUGUUCAUUUCUUUGAAGAUGUGUGUUUUUGAAUAUGCAGGUAGGUAUGUGGUUAAAAUGAGUGUCUAACACUUUUCUGCUGUAGUUUAAAUUAUUAUGUAAAUAAAGCAUUUAACGUUACACUGUCAGCCUGAUCUGCAUUCAAGAAAUGAGUGGAGACAAAUGAGUAUUGACACACUAAUGGGUCUGUCAACAAAAUAUAAAUCAUGACGUUAUAGGCCAGGUUUUAUUUU